UUGCCACUUAUUGCUCAGUAAGUCAACAUUUGAGCUACUAAAGGAUUAUUUUUAACCAGCGCAAAAAGCGGGUCGAAUAAUGGAAAAUAUCCAGCUGAAGUUAAUUUAUGUCAUUAAAAAAAAAACCUCACCCAACCUCGUUCAAAAUGUUUUAAAGCAACAAAGCGCAUUUCUCAAGUAUUUCCAAGCCUUUACGGGAUUUUUGCUCUUAAACGAAAACGCAGCGGCUCUGGGCGUUUUCUGCCUUGGUUACGGAAACUCUAGCUUGGGGAGGGGGGCGGGGUCCCGGAACUCCAGCGGCCCACACUUCUGCACUUCUGUCUCUUCACCUCCCUCUCUCCCUCCAUCCGGCAGCACCAGGCAAGAUACUGUCCGAACCUCUAGAUCCCCGGGGCUCUCUACCCUGACCCUCCGGUGCGCUCCCUACGCUGGACCCAGCGCCAACGCACGCAAGCGGCGUCCUCGCGGACACAAAGAGUUUAGGCAGAGGAGCCCCGGGUUUGCCGUGUGUUCCUCGUCAGCGUCGGCGCAAAGACAAAGUCAGCGGUGCCCAGUGCGGGUCCCGCUGAGGAGCUCAAACAAGCUGCAGAUGAUUUUCAAACCUAAAACGCGACACACCCACGGGUCCUGCCUCCAGAGCGAGAAGAGGAAGAUCCAAGUGCUCCCUCCCAGAGCUGUCAGAAGCAUGCUACAGGAAAGGCAGUGGACAUAGUUAAGUGGACUUUCCUGUGAAUCCAAUGGCUUAUCAUCAACGAAUGGAUCAAAGCCUGGAUUGAACAAGUGACAACUGCUUUCCGUACCUCCUGGGGCGCAAAGACUGGCAUCCACUUUCGGAAUUUUCCUUCGGACUUCUACCCAAAUUCGGGUCACUGCAUGGGGUUCGCAGAAGCCUCGGUACCUAGCUCUGGCCGUGCACGGUUUAUCUUGUCGCACCCUCUAUCACUACUCCGGAAAAAUCUUUAGCAGUAGUUUUCCCCAGGUGAAUAAAGUCCACCCCAACAGAUCUUCCCCAGCUCCUGGCUGCAAGCAUUCUGGAGGCAGGAACCAUGUGCUGUUCCUAUUCUCUGGAACCUAGUUCAGUGUCUGGCCCUGGGCAAUAAAGGAUGGCUCUUUGAAUGAAAAAAGUCUGUGCUGACAGGUACAGAGGGUUUCACACCUUUCUCUGUAUUCUUAGCUCAAGCUUCCUGCUUCUUUAUACA